CCGGCCGGCCCGGCCCGCCUCUCCCAGGAUCCUGGGAGCCAUCCGGCUUCUUCAAGAUGGAUCCCACUCAGCGAAGGGCCCGCAGCUGAAGCGCCACUAACUGCCGGCUAGAGCGCAGGCGCAGAAAAGCUGUGCGGCCACCAAGAGCGGAGCCCACUCGCUCGCGCCUUCAGAGCCGCUGGACGUUUACUUUCAAACGGCCGCCGCGCGCUUUUUCUCCUCGGCGGACUGCGCUGUUCACAGUUGCCUAGAGACCGCGCCUGCGCAGCGCGCUCCGCGAGGCCCCGCCCUUUCUGGCACCUGAAGUCCUUCGCUGGUGAGGAGUCCGGAGAUGCUACUUUGCCUGCUGCACCCUGUUCCGUUUCGGCGCAGUGGCUUUGCCUUGUAGCCCUCUUCGCGAAUGAGAGAACCUGGAAAAGUUGAAGAUAAAGUAUAUUCAGUAUCCUUAUCAGGAGACCAACAAAAUAGGAAAUGCACAAUUUUGAGGACGAGUUAACAUGUCCCAUUUGUUACAGUAUUUUUGAAGAUCCUCGUGUACUACCAUGCUCUCAUACAUUUUGUAGAAGUUGUUUGGAAAACGUUCUUCAGGCAUCUGGUAAUUUUUAUAUAUGGAGACCUUUAAGAAUUCCACUCAAAUGCCCUAAUUGCAGAAGUAUUAUUGAAAUAGCUCCAACUGGUAUUGAAUCUUUACCUGUUAAUUUUGCAUUAAGGGCUAUUAUUGAAAAGUACCAGCAAGAAGACCAUCCAGAUGUUGUUUUCUGCCCUGAACAUUAUAGGCAACCACUAAAUGUUUAUUGUCUAUUAGAUAAAAAGCUAGUUUGUGGUCAUUGUCUUACUGUAGGUCAACAUCAUGGUCAUCCUAUAGAUGAUCUUCAAAGUGCCUAUCUGAAAGAAAAGGACACACCACAGAAACUGCUGAAACAGUUAACUGACACACAUUGGACAGAUAUUACUCAUCUUAUUGAAAAGCUAGAAGAACAAAAGUCUCAUUCUCAGAAAAUGAUCCAGGGUGAUAAAGAAGUUGUUCUCCAGUAUUUUGAGGAGCUUAUUGAUACAUUAGAACAGAAAAAAAAAUUUUUUAUAUCAGCUCUCUGUGAUGUUGGCAAUCUGAUUAAUCAAGAAUAUACCCCACAUAUUGAGAGAAUGAAAGAAAUAAGAGAACAGCAGCUUGAAUUAAUGACACUGACAACAUCUUUACAAGAAGAGUCUCCACUUAAAUUUCUUGAAAAAAUUGAUAAUAUCUGCCAGCGUGUACAGAUCUUGAAACAAAGACCACUUCCAGAGGUUCAACCUGUUGAAAUUUAUCCUCGAGUAAGCCAGGUAUUAAAAGAAUGGAGCAGAACAGAAAUUGGACAAAUUGAGAAAGCUGUCAUGCCUGAAAUGAAAAUUUCUUCAAUAAGGAUGCCAUCUUCCUGGCUUGAUAAGGAUAAAAAAGAAGCUGAAUUUUUUCAAAUUUUAAGCGUUUCGGUGUUACUAAUGUUGAUGCUCUUUUUCUACCAGCACAUAAUAACCUUCUUAAAUGAAGUAUGUUCAGUAUGUUUUUCUAAAGUCUCGUCUGUUUACCAAAGUUUGGCUAACAAUUUACAUGAUUUAAAAACCAUACUAUGUCACACUUUAUAUUUGGUAAUGGAAUUCAUGUGGAAAAUCGUUUCUCCUUGAAAAUUUGAAUCUAGAUUGUUAAGUGGGCCUAUUCUAUACAGUAGAGUCUAACUACUGCUAACUGGGGAAACAGGAGGUAGCAUAAAAACUAGUAAAUUAAACUUCGGUAGAGUUCCAACAAAUUCAGAAAUUAUGUUAAAACCUUUCAUGCUUCUGUUGGACAUAGUGCAUCAGUUAAAAAUGAAAAUAUGAAACACGAUUCACACUGUCAUAACUAUGAUGAAAUCUAGUAAUAUGAGUAUUAAUAUGUUGUCCCAUUUGUAUUGGUUUGAUGGAGGUUGACUUAAUGCUGCUCUGACAUUUAAACAUUGUACUGCUAUAUAGUCUUUUCGGUACUGGGAAUUGAACUCAGGACCUUGUGCUUGAGAGGCAGGCACAAUAACACUGAGCUAAAUCCUCAGCCUCUGCUGUUUUCUUUUACCAUUAUUAUAUACGUCAGUGUUUGAGUAUUUCAUAUACACACACAUAUAUUAAGUUAAAAGAUGAAAAAAUCCUGUGCCUCGUCUUUAUUUUGAAUGGGUGAAUAAGGUUGAAAAACAGGCUUAAAAAACCAAGCAACCAAAUUUUAAGUGGUAAAGGACUGCUUAAAGAUCUUUUAGAUCAAACAUAACUAAUUCAUACAUUUAAUGGUUUAGAUGGAUUUAAGAGCACUAAAUGCUCAUUAAUAUUCAUUCUAGGGUGUGGUGGCACACACCUGUAAUCCCAGCACUUGAGGCUGAGGCAAGAGGCUUGCCACAGGUUCCAGGCCAGCUUGGUCUACAUAGUAAGUUCGAGGCCAGCCUGAAUGAACUACAUAGCGAGACUGAGACCGAGACCGUUUCAAGACUCCAAAAAACAACAAAACAUUCAAAGUACAGCUGUUGAGAUUGGAUAAUCUUGACAAUUUUUUAAGACUUAUGUUUUGAUAGUUUACCUAAAUUUAAGAUUACAUUUGGGAGCUGAGUGUGGUGGUGCAAGCUUAGUGCUAACUACUUGGGAGGCUGAGGCACUUGAAUCCUGGAGUUCAAGGUCAGCCAGGGAAACAACAAAAAUAUAAAGAAAUGGGGAGGGAAGGAGAAAGGGAAGGAAGGCUGCAGAUGUAUGUAUAUCAGAUUCAGUGGUAGAGCCCUUGUUGCCAAGCACCCCUCAAAAGGUUUGUAUUUUUUUAUUAAGUUUUAUCCUAUUCCCCCCUCAAGCCCCCUCCUCUCCCUAUGUACAAAAGCUUUUCUAUUUUUUCCUUCUAUUCUCACUUUUUUUCUUGUCCCUUCCUUCCUUUCUCCCUUGUUCCUCUGCCCAUUUGAACAUUUUCUUUCCAUUUCCCAACAUCCAUUUCAUUUUGUAGUGUUUUAGUUUUGUCAAAUUCUUUAAAGCUGUAAAACACUUUAAUAGGAUGAAAUAUUGGUGACAUAUUUCAUUCUCAAGAUUUUGAUGGCAUCAUUUAAACUAUAUUCAUCUUAAAAUUGUCUUAAGUUUUUUGCCAGAUGUUUCCUAUGCUAGUACAAAAGUACUGAUUUAACUUUAUAUUCUUGAACUGUGCUUUGAGAGAGCCUAUUUAUUCAGAGCUCUUUAAUUUAGUUCCCUUAGUAGGGAUUGGCAUUGUGAUGCCUGCAAUAUACUUUCGGCCCAUUGUCUGUCACAUCUUAAGCACAAACUGAUUUGCUCUCAAGAAAUCCCAGAUGGGCUGCUCUUGGAUCUCCAUUUCUAGGAGCCUUACCUUCAAUAACUUUCCAGGUCACAUUAGAGAAUACUCCUGGCCUUGGAAUUACAUACAAAAUUAUAUAGCUGUGUUUAUAAACUAGUUCUAAAAUACUCCAAAGAUCUUGUUUGCUAAGAAUGAGCCUUGACACUUAAGAUGAUGACAUGAGGUCAUUUUUAUAUUGGAAUCAGACCAUACCUUAGACUAUACCUAACACAAUUAUUGUACAAAGAACCAGUGAAAUGGAGAUGAGGGAGACUUAAGACCAAACUCUACUAACUUUAGAUGGAAAUUGCAUGGUGAUUACUUGAAAAUUUAGUCACACCACAAAAGUCCCCUAUUUUGAAUAAAUAUUAGUAAGCAAUAAAAUGUUAUGUGUCAUGCAUUUAACCUUGUAAGGCUAUAUAGCUACCAUGUGGGAGAACUGAUGCAUUCUUUUCAGUUAAUGCUCAAAGAAUUCAAGGCCAAGAUUGUUAGUAGGGCUUCUAAUCUGUAGAACUUAUAGUUAAAUAUCAAAAGUAUAUGCCUAUUGGGGCCGGGGAUUUAGCUCAGUGGUUAUGCCUAUUAAUAUGUUUAGGCUAGAUAAUAUUUUGAUUUUUUUUUGGUACUGGAUAUCGAACUCGGGACCUUGCACUUGCAAGGCAGGCACCAGAACCAGAGUUAAAUCCCCAGUAGGCUAGGGGAUUGUAACUUAAUAGGGUGCUCAAAGAACACCCUAGGAAUUUCAUAUGGAUUUGGAUAUUUUAUCCUUAAAAAUUAGUACUGAGCUGUUGCACUGGUUACUAAAAAAUUUUUACUUCUUCCCAAUAAAAAAGCACUAAUUACUAUACAGCAUUUUCUUUUUUUCCUUAUGUAAUCUUGAUUUGAAACAAAUGACUACUUGAGCUUCAGAUCUUGCUUUAAGUUCAUUCUACUUAUGUGUUCAUAUUUUUCUUUUGUUACCAGGGAUCGAACUCAGGCCCUUGUGCUUUCGAGGCAGGUGGCGGAAACACUGAGCCAAAUCCCCAGCCCAAUGUAUUCAUAUUUUAAUGGCUUUAUUAUGAUACAAAAUGUUGUAUUUCUGAUAUCUACAUAAUGGUCUCCUAAAUAAUAAAGUGAUUUAACUCCUGAGGAUAAUUCAGGAAUUAAAUAGAGCAAUGAUGUUUGAUUCAA